AUGAAGGCAUCCAUGGUUCUCUCCCUCAUUGGCUGCCUGGUGGUUCCAAGUGGUGCUGCUAUCAUGGGGCGCUGUAAGGUGGCUAAGAAGCUCUAUGAAGGAGGCCUGGAUUAUUUUGAGGGCUACAGCCUUGCAAACUGGGUGUGCCUGGCUUAUUUUGAGAGCAAGUUCAACCCCACGGCCAUCUACGAGAACUCACCCGGUGGCUACACUGGCUAUGGCCUCUUUCAGAUCCGCAGCCAUGACUGGUGCGACAGGGGCAAGAACCGCUGCCACAUGUCCUGCUCCGCUUUACUGAAUCCAGAUUUGAAGAAGACAAUUGAAUGUGCCAAGAGAAUUGUAAAAGGAAAAGACGGUAUGGGAGCAUGUCUCAAACUAGUGGGACCUUACCAAGCUAAGCAGUAG